CGGUCUAUCACGUGACGGUGACCGUGCCGGUGCGGAGGCUCCAGGUCCAGGUCGGGCGAGUAGUCGGUGCGAUGGGGAGCGAGCUACACGAUAAUGCGUUGGAGGAGCAGUUGCUCCCGAGAGAUAUACCGCCACAUCAGGAAUCAUCACGAGCUUCUUUUGCAUCCUCUGUGUUUAACGUAACGCAUGCAAUCAUGGGAAGUGGCAUCCUUGGUUUGGCUUUUGUAAUGGCUAAUACAGGUAUUAUUGGUUUCAGUGUUCUCUUGCUGAUAGUUGCUUUACUGGCUGCAUAUUCGAUUCAUCUGCUACUGGAGUUAUGUCAACAGACUGCACUGACAUCCUAUGAAGACCUUGGGUUUUGUGCCUUCAAGACAACUGGAAAGGUUAUGGUUGCUGUUGCAAUAUUGAUACAGAACAUUGGAGCAAUGUCAUCUUACUUGUUCAUCAUAAAAUCCGAAUUCCCUGCUGUAAUUUCUGGUUUCCUACACAUCAGUCACAAUGGGACACCAUGGUAUCUUAAUGGACAAAUCCUCCUCAUCAUUAUCGUUAUUUGUGUCGUUCUCCCUCUUGCUCUUCUUCGUAAAAUAGAGUUUCUUGGUUACACAAGUGGCUUGUCCAUAUUGUUCAUGGUCUAUUUUACUGCAGUGGUCGUAGUUAAAAAGUGGUACAUUCCUUGCCCAUUGUUCAAUGGCACUGUAGGUUAUGUUAAGAACAUCAGUUCCGAUGAGUGUACACCAAAGUUUCUGCAAAUUUCAUAUAAGAGUGCUUAUGCAAUUCCAACCAUGGCAUUUUCAUUUCUGUGUCACACAUCUGUGUUGCCCAUUUACUGUGAACUCCAAAGGCCUUCAAAAAGCAAGAUGCAAAAAGUAGUUAACAUUGGAAUAACUCUGAGUUUCUCAGUCUACAUGCUGUCAGCCUUGUUUGGUUACCUAACCUUUUACGGCAAAGUGGACUCUCAGUUACUGCAUACCUACAGUCAGUAUCUGCAACAUGACACUAUCAUCAUGUCUGUUAGAUUAUGCUUGCUCUUCUCUGUGCUCCUGACGGUACCUCUACUGAAUUUUCCGGCAAGGAAAUCCUUAACGCUGUUGUGCUUUUCUAACCUCCGCUUCUCGUGGUUCCGUCAUAUCAUUGUCACUCUUGGUAUUCAGUUACUGAUUGUGCUGCUGGCUAUGUACGUUUCAAGUAUACAAAAUAUCUUUGGCGUGGUUGGUUCAACUACCUCAUCUGCUUUAUUAUUUAUCUACCCUGGACUCUUUUACUUACAAAUAAGCAGAGAACCGUUAAAAUCCUUAAAGAAGCUUGGGGCACUUGGAUUAGUAAUUCUAGGCAUUUUGAUGGGUGUCGUUAGUUUGGUCCUUAUCAUUUUAAACUGGAUUCAUAGCACUGCAACUGUGCUGUAAUCAACAUAAGUUUACAAGUUCCCAGGGAAUCAUCACAGUUGAGCUGUAAAUACACGAUUGCAACAGCCAUAUACUCAUUCCAGAUCCACUGGCAUCACUCUUGCACCAGGCAGAAAAGAUUAAAAACUGGAUCAGAGCUUCCAAAUCUCGUAGUGGAAACAUGAACAAUAAUGGUGACCAGGACCAAGAGUAAGAUUAGUGAUCCUUUGCUUUACUCUGUGCCUUUAGCAUGUCUUUGUUCUCAUUUGGGAAGCAGGGGACGUUAUCUGACUUAAAACCACAAUGGCAUAGAGCAAUUUCUUUCACAAGGAAAAUCAGUAUAUAACUUUAAGAAUACUUCUGUGAUGGGUGCAAUGUUUUGUGAUCUAUAUUGAGUUGCAAUAGAAGCUAUGCUGCCAAGUUUAUUUCAAGGUAUAUUAUUUUCAAAUAAUUGUCUCAAACAGCCUUUUUAAAAUAUAAUAAAUGUGUAUUAAUUAAGUUAUUUUUAGUUUACAUGGAUUAAUACUUAACGUAUGUUCAUGGGUGGAAAUCAAGGAAAACAAUUGGAGAUUGUGGGUCAAAUGUUAGCCUAAUCUAAUACAUUGUCAAAUAUCUGUUGUACAUUACCUGUUGUGUAUCUGUUGUAAUGAUUUCAACUUCACUGAUUUUUAUAUUUUGAAUUGUAAACCUGUGUUAAAGGAAAUGCUGUAUUUAUUAACUCAUUGAAUUUGUGGGAUACAGAAAGUUUCGAAUAGUUGAGCACAAACAUUGGAUUAUUCUUUCUCAUAUUUACUAUUAUAAAUUAUUUUUGUAUCGAUAGCUUUGAAUAUUUUACAUUGAUUAUUUAAAGUGCUGGUGUCUUUCUUAAUGUUGAUAAUAUUGUUGAAUAAUUGGGAUUACUUGUAUAAUUUUGUUUGCACUUCAUUCAAAAAGAAAUAAUGGGACAAUCUAUGUGUAGAUGUUUUACACUGGAAAGUGGGUGAUUAAGUCCAGAUUUUUGUGUGUAUGUUAUCUGCAUAAUUAUCAUUGUUAAUGUUUUUCAAGUUAUUUUGGAUUGACAUUUUACACUUGGGUUUUUUGCUAGCUAUUUCUUACCACAAUUGUAUGUUGUUUAUGCAUUCUAACAGGUUAAGUUAUGCAAGCAAAACCUGGCAGACAAGGUGCAUUAAUAUUUAUCUACCUCGGUCCACAGUUUGAGUAAUAUCUUACAAUUUAUGUUUUAUUCCAUGCUUGUUGUAUUAAAUAUUUACGACAAUAAAAGGGUGUAGCUCACAAUUUGAAACGUGCAAAAUUAGAAAACCCGUGGAAGAAGAUCUAAACAAUGACAUUUCCGGGAAAUGGAAUGAUUCAUUGCCUCCGUGUUUAAAAUGAUAUAAAAUCUAAAUUGCUUGUGAUCCUAAUUAUCUCCAUAGUAGUCGAAUCAUAAAUGGUUGCUUUGAUGGCAUAAUGAAUCCUCUUCAAUGGUAACGGCAUCCAACAAAAUGCUAAUGCACUCGUGAUAUUGAAACUUCUUGGAGUUUUUUUAUCUGAUCUGUUUACAGCUUCAUAAUAUGAUAACACAAGAACAAAAAAAAGAAUUGUCUUCGGAAUUAAAUGAAUCGUGCUUAUCGUGAAAUUUUGCAUUGAUGCAAUAUUUUCAAAUUAAUUUUUAAAAAGUAAACAAUGGUCAUAUUUUUUUCUUUGUAGUUACUGUGAUAUUGUAUAUUUUUGAAAUUAUGGCCAUCGAUAUAUAUAUAUUUCCAGAAUUUGCACGAGGAAUAUCUAAGCUGCAUAUUCAAAAUUUACCAGAAAAGUUCACAUUUUGCACAAUCUUCUAAUUAAUACUCUACAAAAUAAAAUCAUUAGGAGUAGGAGUAGGAGUAGGAGUAGGAGUAGGAGUAGGAGUAGUAGUAGUAGUUGUACCCUAAAACUUUGUCCUGAAAUGUAACAAUCCUGUUCAAGGCACUUUCUCUAUUCUGUCAGCAAACUAUGCAAACUGUCAGCUGUCCUUUAUAGGGCUGCAGCUUACUUUUGCUAAGUGUAUUGUUCAACUUUUUUUUUCAACGAAGGGCUAUCUGUAAGUGUGUGAAAGUUGACAUUCAGCUGUACAUUUUCAUGAAUGAAAGUGAUUUCUGGAAAGUAGGGGUCAAACAACUGAAUUGCUGUAACAUUAAUAAUGCCUGCAAUUCUCUAGUCUCUGUUGUGUGGACUGUUUCCUUCAUUGGCAAUUUCCAUAGGGAACAGCUCGAUCCAAGAUUCCAAUUAAAAGAAAAGAAAACAAUCUCCAUUUUUCACAUGCCCUCUGUAAAACAUUAAGAGAAUUAUGCUUUAUGGACAACUUUUCAAAGAUGAUAGCCAAUAUUGAACAUUAGCUUUUUAUCUCAAAUGGGUUCAGAUUGUGAAUCUUGAUAAGUUUCUGUGGUAGUCAUUGUAGCUUAACCAAAAUUUCAAAACUUCUUUAUAUUCACCCAAGUUGAAUGUCUGACUAUUGUGACAAAUUAUUUGCUUCGUUGAGCACUGCUAUGAACUGUCUUCCAUGGGCAAUUUGAUCUAUCCCAGUUUUAUUUAUUUGCCAUUGAAUAACUUCAUAUUUGUAAUGUCAGCCUUUCAAAAAAAAAAAUGACAGCUGGGAAGCCUUUGCCAGCUGUCAAAUUAAUUCUGGAUGCAGUGUUUGCUAUUUAUGUCACAAAGCCCUCACCACAUUUUGGUGUCUCACACUUGGCCUCACUGAUCAGGAACUAGAUUUGCACCAAGUUGCUGCCACAUGCAGAGAGCUGCUAGAACGGGGGUUCCCAUCUUCUACUAUAGAUGAGGCUCUCACCAGGGUCUCCACUGUAUCCCGCAGCUCUGCUCUCACUCCCCAUUCCCCUAUUCGUAACAAGGACAGAAACCCCCUUGUCCUCAUCUUCCACCCUACCAGCCGUCACAUACAACAUAUAAUCCUCCAACAUUUUUGCCACCUCCAACGGGAUCCCACCACCGGGCACAUCUUUCCAUCUCCUCCCCUUUCUGCUUUCCGCAGAGACUGUUCCC